AUGGCAACGUUCCUCCACGAUGAGACCAACUCCAGACGGAAGCAAUGGGCGACCGUGAGCCGGAACCCCGGCACCUGGUCCCAGCACCCAUGCGUUAGCAGUGCGGUCGUUGCCAAAGGACAAACCGACAGUUCCUGGGUCAGAGCAAAUGGCGACCAGCUAAGAAGCGGCCGUGCUUCUGGAUUGCAUGGCUCUAUGGUGAGGCGGGCCAUACAAUGGUAUGGCGUCCGUAACGAGAACCGGUCGAAUAAGAUCAAUAACCUGAACCUCAACGCAGAAGGAGUCAAGCCAACCGCCUUGCCCAUCUCCAUUGAUCGGCAAGACGAAGCGAAGGCCAGAGCAAAGUUACCUCGUCUCGACUAUCGCGAACAGCUUCGAUUUGGCCUCACCGCUCUCGCAAUGGCAGCAUAUGCUGAAGAGCGUGCCGACCGUCAUUCCGUUGCCCAAUCUACGACCUCGAUCUUACGCUUGCAACGCUCCCCGAGCGUGAGUGGGUCCCUAAGCACACUCAUCACGGCUUGUAUCCAGGGCAGAUAG